CCACAUCCGCGGAGGACACGGACCCCACAUGGAUGUCCAUCGGGGGACAGUAUCCCCACCCCCCUCCCCCCAGUUCGACCCCAGCCACUCGGCAGACGUCACGGCACUCGCUGGCACCACAGCCAUCCUCAACUGCCGCGUCCACAACGUCAAGAACCUUACGGUGUCGUGGAUUCGUCACAGGGACAUCCACCUGCUGACGGUUGGGACUUACACCUACACUUCUGACCAGCGAUUCCGAGCUCUGCAUAUGGACGACUCCGACGACUGGGUCCUCAAGGUCAAAUAUGUGCAGAUCCGAGAUUCCGGCAUCUAUGAGUGCCAGAUCUCGACCACUCCGCCAGUAUCGCACUUUAUUCGUCUCAAAGUUGUCAAACCGUACACACACAUUCUCGGCGGGCCUGACAUGUACAUCAACAAGGGUUCUACGAUCAACCUGACGUGCGUGGUCGAAUUUUCUCCCGAACCGCCGGACUUCAUCUACUGGAACCACAAUGAAAAGAUUAUCAGCUAUGACUCAGAUCGUGGAGGCGUGACAGUCAUCAUAGAGAAAGGUGACGUGACAACCAGUUCCCUGCUGAUCCAGGACGCCCGACCAGCUGAUUCGGGCCGAUAUGACUGCAACCCGUCGAACAGUUCACCGGCCAAUCUGACUGUGCACGUGCUCAAUGGAGAACACCCGGCAGCCAUGCAGCAUGGAGGACAAGGCACCUACACGUCCUCCUCCCUCAGGAACAUCCUUUCGCUCCUCUCGGUUCUCGCCGCCCUCCAUAGAGUCCUUCAGUAG